UGAAAAAAGUAUAAUUAAGGGUAGUAAUAUGUGACACAGAUCAAGUUCUAGGGUUUUCGAAUGUAAUUGUCGCGGAAUGUAUAUCCAAUUUCAACGCAAAUCAAAGGGAUUUUCUCUGUAAUCUGUAAGGAUCCGCUCAAAUCGCCAAUCGGACAGUGUAGCUGCUUGGUAUUUUUCAGCAAGUAUGGAAUCCAACAGGGGCCAGAAUGGAAUUCAGCUGUUGUUAGCUGCCGAGCAAGAAGCUCAACGCAUUGUCAAUGCUGCAAGAGCUGCAAAAAUGGCUCGGCUAAAGCAGGCCAAAGAGGAGGCCGCAAAGGAGAUUGCUGAGUUCCGUGCUCAAAUGGACACUCAGUUUCAAAGAAAGGUUUCAGAGAGUAGUGGAGACUCAGGUGCUAAUGUGAAGCGUCUUGAGAUAGAAACAGAGGGAAAGAUCCAUCACCUGAAGAAGGAGGCUGGAAGAAUUUCUCAAGAUGUGGUGCAGAUGCUUCUGAGGCAGGUCACAACCGUAAAGAACUAGGAUCUUGACGGCCUGGAGCGUUUUUGGUACUCUCUCUCCUGUUUGUCCUAAGUUACCCUUCUUGUGACGAUGAGAGCCUUUGUUUUCGUCGUGUAUCAUAGCAUGUGUAUUGGUUGUUUUGUUAAUUAUGUCUCUUCUCAUCUUGUGUUCUCUAUGUAUCAAUGCUCAACACUAGAGGCAGUUAAUUCAUCUUAUGUGUGUUCUAGAGCUUGUUAAGAUUGGCUGCAAACUUAUUCGGCAUUGUUGACUGAGCCUCGGGAUAUAAAUUAGCUCAAUAUGUGCGACAGAUAUUGUGGAUCCUUAUUUAUUUUUAUUCAAUAAAGCCCAAGUAUGCCAUGUAUGAA